AGUGAUGUAGUUUCAGUCUGUUUUCACAUGCGAAUGUAAUAGCCUAAUGACACAUCUCAGGUAACCUCUAAAUUAAAUUAGGGGAAAAGGCAACUCAACUUGUUUGCUCAGACAGACAGACCGUUCGUUUUGUAAACUCCUCAACUUUAUAUAGAAGUAGUCAUCAAGUGCCUUGAAGAAGAUGAGUGUGCCAAGCUACUCGGAGGAUAAAUUCAUAUUGAUUGAUAGUAACAAGGAUGACGACAUUCCAGAUAUGCCCCAUGGGCCCUUGGACAUAUACAGGAGAAAGGCCUCCUUUAACUGGAAAGAUAUGGCCAGGUUCAUCGAUGGUGAGGAGAUUCUGGCAUUCAAGCGGCACGUGUGGACGGCGCUGGAGAACGACCCGGUGUUCGCACGGCAGCCCGGCGAGGACGUGUCGCUGGAGCGCGGCCGGGAGCUGAACUUCCGCCGCUGCAAGCAGCUGUUCCGCUACGACUUCCUGACACGCGACGACAUGAUGCAGAUGCCCUGGAAGACCACCGUGCUCAACGACUGCCUGGGCAUGUACGAUUGGUCCAUGGGCGCCAAGUUCUUCCUCAACAAAGGCAUGUUUGGUGCGACAGUGGCCAACUCCGGAUCCAAGCGGCACGAGAAGUUUGUCCAGAACACUGAGAAAAUGAUGACCUUUGGGUGUUUUGCAUUGACUGAACUGAGCCACGGCAGCAACACCAGAGCCAUGAGGACAACAGCCAAGUAUGACCCAAGCACACAGGAGUUUGUCAUCCAUACUCCAGACUUCGAGGCGGCCAAGUUCUGGGUGGGGAACCUCGGCAAGACGGCGACCCACGCCGUGGUCUUCGCCCAGCUGUACACGCCGGACGGGGCCUGCCACGGCCUGCACUCGUUCAUCGUCCAGGUGAGAGACCCGAAGACCCUGUUGUCCAUGCCUGGAGUCACUGUAGGAGACAUGGGCAAGAAGCUCGGUCAGAAUGGCCUGGACAAUGGGUUUGCCAUGUUCCAUAACGUGCGGAUCCCGCGGGAGAAUCUGCUGAACAAGACGGGCGACGUGACACCGGAGGGGAAGUACGUCACACCGUUUAAGGACCCCAAUAAGAGGUUCGGGGCGUCUCUGGGCGCCCUGUCUGGGGGGCGCGUGUCCAUCUCCAGGAUGGCGGUGGUCAACCUGAAGCUGGCCACGACCAUUGCCAUCCGCUUCUCCGCCACCCGGCGCCAGUUCGGCCCCAAAGACGACGAGGAAAUCCCCGUGCUGGAGUACCAGUUGCAGCAAUGGCGGCUCAUCCCUUACCUGGCAGCGGUGUACGCUCUGGAGCACUUCUCCAAGACCUUCUUCAUGAACUUCGUGGAGCUCCAGAUCGGCCUCAUGAUGGGGGACAAGAGCGACAGACAGGCCGAGCUGGGGCGGGAGAUCCACGCCCUGUCGUGCUCCAGUAAGCCCCUGGGCUCCUGGACGGCCCAGAGAGGCAUUCAGGAGUGCAGGGAGGCCUGUGGUGGACACGGCUACCUCGCCAUGAAUCGUCUCGGCGAGCUGCGCGACAACAACGACCCGAACUGCACGUACGAGGGCGACAACAACGUGCUUCUGCAGCAGACCAGCAACUACCUGCUCAGCUGGCUGCACCUCAAGAGGAAAGGCCAAGGGCGUAUUGAGUCUCCGCUGGAGUCGGUGAACUUCCUGGAGGACUUCAGCUCCAUCCUGCAGAGCCACUUCACCGCAGGCUCCAUGGAAGAGUGCUUAGACUCAGCAGUGCCGCUGGCAGCCUAUAAGUGGCUGGUGUGUUUCCUGCUGAAGCAGAGUGAGGAGAAGCUGGCUCUGGAGAAGACUAAAGCCAUGGGGGACUUUGAGGCCAGGAACAACAGCCAGGUGUACUACUGCCGCUCCCUGUCCAUCGUGUACAUGGAGCACACGGUGCUGCAGCGGUUCCAUGACCUGGUGCGCGACGAGGACACUCCAGCUGGCCUCAGACCUGUGCUGCUGCGCCUGGCAACCCUCUACGGCCUCUGGAGCCUCGGCAACCACAUGGCCAUACUGUACCAGGGAGGAUACUUCUCUGGCAAGGCGCCGGCAGACUUCAUCCAGACAGCUAUCCUCCACCUCUGCACUGCGCUGAAGGAUGAUGCGGUGGCGCUGGUGGACGUGAUCGCUCCCCCCGACUUCAUCCUCAACUCUCCCAUUGGCAAGGCCGACGGUGAGCUGUACAAGAACAUGUGGGCCGCUGUGAUGCAGGGCGACAAGGUUCUGGAACGUCCGUCCUGGUGGAAAGAGUUCUGCUCGGACAAGCCUGAAGUGGGCUCCCUCCGGGCCAAGCUGUAGGGCUGUCACUGGUAGACGGUUACCAUGGCUACCACUGAAACACUUUGAGAUUGAUCUGCCACCAUUUUGUAUUUGACUGGGCAUUCUUGACCUCAGCCAUUGAUAGAUGGAUCACCACUACUGGUGGUGGUAUCGCUUUUGCCUUUGUUUCGGAUGACCACUGCAAUUUUUAAACCGAUUAUCUACAGUAUACCUGUCUGUCUCUCUGUCCCUCUGUGCCUCUCUGUUUUGCUUUAUCUCCAAAUUAAUUCUCAUGUUAAAAAUAUUUUUUUUUUCCAUCGUCUCAAACUCGUAGCAUUAUCAUGCUCAUUGUACUUUCUCCAGUCCUCUCUCAGAAUGUUCUUCAAUCUCUUUGUGGCCGUUUCUGUGUCGGGCUGCUGGCAGGGUACAGAUCACAUGUGACAAAAGGGAUCAUUCAGGCCACAGGUCUAACUGAGCUUGCUGCACUUUAAGCUUGUAGCUGUACCCGCUAUGAAGCAGCAGAUCUUCCCUCCUGGUUUUAGCACUUUGCUGUGACGACAGUCCAAAUAUAUAAAAAAGUGUUUUACGGGCUGUUAGCCUUGUUGAUGUAGUAAAUGGCAUCGGUUUACGUUGCUAUGCUGCCGGUAAAAUAAUUGUUGAAGUUGUUUUUAAGGAUUUUACGUAGGACUAAUUUUCAUUACACUAAUGAUAUAUUGUGUAACUAAUUUCAUUUGUAAAAAUAAUGUAAAUUGUAAUAAAUCAUGUAUAUUUUGUAUAAAUAAUUGAUCAGUGAUAUGCUUUUGCUAAUAUGUCUGCAUAUAUGAUGUAUAAUCUGUUCAAAUAAAAGAAAGCCAAAUGUA